AUGGUCCGGCGUUUCCUGGCGCUGGUGGCCGGCUGCCUUCUCUGGUCGAGUCACUCGGCAUUUGGAAUAGUGCCGGAACCAAAAAAUGUAACAAUUAAUUCAGUUAACUUGAAAAGCACUCUACAGUGGGAUCCACCUACUUUUCACAAAGAAAAUAUUACUUAUACAGUCGAGUAUAUAAGUAGUAUUUUUAACAGGAAUGUGUGUGUGAACAUUGUCAUCACGGAGUGUGACUUCUCUUCUCUGCCUGUAUAUGGAAACUACACCUUGCGAGUCAGGGCUGAAUCAGAAAACGAAAAGUCAGACUGGGUGAACAUCAUCUUUAAGCCAAUCGAUGACACAAUCAUUGGACCACCUGAUGUAAAAGUGAAAUCUGAAUCCGGAUCUUUGCAUGUAGAUUUCACAGGCCCUGUCGCUGUACAAGAGUCGCAUGUGUGGCCUUUAAAUAAAUAUUAUGGCUCUUGGGUUUACAGGGUGCUAUACUGGAAAAAAGGCCAUAGUGAAGAGGUUAUAACCACAGAUACUAAAUAUAACUCAGAAAUAUUAUCUGGUUUGGACCCUUGGACAAUAUAUUGCCUUCAAGUUCAAGCAGUUAUUCCUGAAUGGAACAAAACAGGAAAACUGAGUGAAGAGUUCUGUAAUAGGACAACUGAUAAUGGUGUAACUCCAGUGUGGAUAAUUCUCACUGUUCUUGUAGGAUCAAUGUUGGUUGUUCUAGUAUCAGUUCCUGCCUGUUUCUUUAUCUUUUCAUAUAUAUAUCGACAGGCCAGAUAUGUCUUCUGCCCGACGUAUUCUUUUCCACAACAUCUGAAGGAGUUUUUGAGCAAGCCUUCCUACAGUUCACAAUUUCUUUCGCCACGCUCGCCGGAAGAGGAUCACUCCUUUGACAAGUUAACUGUCAUUUCAGAAGAAUCUGAAAACUGUAGCAAUGAGACAAGCAACAGAAAGGAGCAACUUCAGGACUCCCAAGAAGAGAUUUCUAUUGCAGAAAAAGUUUCAGCUUUUGAAAAGGGAUCAAGUUCAGUUAUACCUGAUUCAGGCUGA